CAUCAUAUGCUAUCACAUUCUGUCUGCCUCCCAUCCCAUGUUUUCAACUUGCAUGUGUGGUUUGAACGUGUGCAAGAAUUUGUGUGUGAUGUGUUCUGGAGUUUGGGAAUGUGUUUUGUGUUAUUUUGUUUGAGCAGGUUUUUUGUGAUGAUAGAUCUUGAGAAGAUCUUUCCGACGCAACGAGAAUCCCUUCAAUCGGAGCAAGAACGCGAAAGCUAUGAAGAUUCAAAGUUCAUGAGCUUGCGUUACAAUUGCGGCGGUUACAAAGUGAAGUUGUGGGGUGACUUUAUAUGGAGUUGGGACCUUUGGGGGUUGGGGAAAUUUGUCACUCUACUGUAACAGCUGCAAAUUGGUUGGGAACAACCAAGCUAGGUUGGCAAGGGUGGCCAACUUGGAUGGAUUGGUUGGGGAGGGACAAAUGUCAAAGUUGGGGUUCCUAUAGGGAGGGAAUCUUUGUGCUUAUGGGGUUUCCUUGGUUGGGGACUCUCUUGGGACCUUCCCUCUCAUCCCUCUCUUCCUAUCCCAACCUUUCUCUUGCUCCUCUAAUUCCUUGUGAGAUUCUUGAACUUUGAUUGAACCUUUUGAGAUUGAGUUAAGUUCUCCUCCUACAGCUUACCCCCUAGUGCGUCGAAAGCCAUAGCGUCGCGAAUACUUCAUCAAUCAACAUGAUUCAAAUUGGGAACGGUAGCUGAGAUUAAGAGCUACAACAUAUCCAAGUUUCGCGACAUUCCAACGGCUAGUUUGUCGUCGACGUCGUUUCUUGUGAAGACGACUUUUCUGUCCAGAAUUUCGGAUUUAUAUUUUGAGUAAUUCUAGCUCCUAAGUUCACCUAGACUCCGUCCUUAAUCCUAACAAGUGGUAUCAGAGCGAUAUUAAGGACAUUGAGAGGAGUCUACAGAAGUUUGAAGACCCUUCUAGACCCACCAUGGCCUGUGGGUGUGCCUAAGUGGUGUUCUGAAGGUUGGAUGUGUCUUCCGCUAAGGGGAAACUCUGCCGAAAUUUCGUGGACGCCGACACUUGUGAAAAUAUCGAGGGAGCUGAGUGUGGACAGCAAAGGGGAGCUGAAAUUCGUCAUUUCUCAAGGAGAAGAUGAAUGAGAGAGGAGGAGAUGCUAAUGGAAGAGGAGCUGUAGCUGAGAAGACAAGUGAGCCGCCGCCAUCAAAAGUUGAAGCUUUGGAUGGCUCCAACUAUGAGGAAUGGAGCGGGCGGAUGAGGAGUGCCUUCAAACGCUACAAGCUCCUGAAGAUUGCUGUUGGGGAAGAGAAGAUGCCGGAAGAAGGCGAAGCACGUGAACGGUGGAUUGAGAAAAACGCGGUGCUUUUCGAUCUCAUCCUUCAAUCGGUCAACAAGGAGAUGUUCGAGCACAUCAAGGAUCUUGUGGAAGCGGAUGAUUCGGGUCCAAGGGCGUGGAAACUACUACGCGAUGUGAUUCAGCCCAACACUCUCCUGAUGCAAGAUCAAUGGACACCUGAGUGGCUAAGGCAGCAGAUUCUGCAGGAGGACUUCCGCAGACGCCAUGUGGGAGGCGGUGCUGCCACUAAGACUGCUGAGGGGUAUGGAGCUGCAGGGCGCGGCAGAGGAAGAGGGGGUUGGAGAGGCCGAGGCCGUGGGAGAAGCUUUGGCACAGGUAGAGGCCGAGGUGACUAUAAUGAGGGGCAUGGAAGCUCCAGUGGCAGGGGGAGUACCAGAAUGGAGGGCACCUGCUGGUACUGCAAGAAGGUCGGGCAUCCUUGGUUCAAGUGCUUCAGCAGGCCGGAGGGAUGGUCACCUCCAGGCAUGAAGCCGCCAAGUGGUGAACGCGCACAAGGUGGCGCUGUGCAAGGCUCAGGUGCACAAGUUGAAGGUGCACAAGGUAACGCCUAUCCUGGGAUGUAUCUCAUGGUUGAGGAUGUGCAUGGGCAUAAGGGUGAUGUGGGAUCAGUGGGAAAGGUUGUGAUGCACCCUCUCACACACUGGGUGAUUGAUUCAGGGUGCACCAGUCACAUGACCCCACGGGCAGAUUUGCUUGAUGAGGUAAAACCCCCUGGGAAGAUUAAGUAUGUGGCAGCAGCGUCAGGUGCUUUGCUCCCCGUAAUUGGUGUUGGGAAUGCCAAGGUUAAGGGAGCUAAUGGGGAGCUUGUGGGGCUUGGGAAUGUUCUGCUGGUUAAAGGUUUGUCUGCUAACCUUCUCUCUGUGCGGCGACUGCAGAAGAGUAAGGCCGAAGUGACCUUUGGACCAACCAGCUGCCGUGCUAAGCUUGGGAAGAAGGUGCUGUGGAGUCUGGAAGAGGAGACCAGCUGCAUCAAGGACCUGUGGCAGCUGCCCAUCAUCCCUUGGAAUGGGAAGACUCCAAGAGCAGCAACGGCAGCAGCGGCAAAGGCAACAGCAGGAGGAGAUGCAACUGCACCAACAGAUGGGGUCCUGGAAGCAGUCAAGAAAGUGCAGAAGCAGCAGACACAUGGUGAGGUGCUUGCUGGUGUGGAUGCAAGUGCGGCAUGGGCUAAGGCUUCAUCAAGGAGUGGAGAGGCCGAUUGGGAGACAUGGCAUGAGAGGCUGUGUCAUGUGAACUUCCCUAUGCUGCAGAAGUUGGUGAAGGAUGGGAGCCUGAAAGGAUUGGAGGUAAAGGGGGGAUUGAAGGAGAUUGGGAGCUGCCCUACAUGCUUGGAGACCAAGUUCUCCAAGUUCCCCUUCAACAGCACUACAGGACCAGCCAAGACCCCACUUGCACUUGUGCACAUGGAUGUGGUGGGGCCCACAAGAGCCCCUUCCCUCUCAGGCAGCCGCUAUUUCUUGACAAUUGUAGAUGACCACACUCGGGCAGUGUGGGUUUACCCUUUGAAGAGCAAGGGGGAGGUGGCAGCGGCUGUCCUUAAGGAGUGGAUGCCUAGAGCUCAGAGGGAAUGCGGACACAAGGUGAAGGUGAUCCGCAGUGACAAUGGUGGGGAGUUCAUUGGAGCUGAUUUUGAGGGGGAGUUGAAGAGGAAGGGGAUCCAGCAUCAACUGACAGUGCCCUACAACCCACAGCAGAAUGGCGUGGCUGAGAGGUUCAACAGGACCCUGCAGGAGGGGGCACGCACUCUCCUUGGGCGUGCAGGGCUGCCUGAUCCGUUUUGGGUGUCUGCACUGAGGCAGGUCGCCCUUGUGAAGAAUAGGGUGCUGGCUACAGUUGGAGAUAAGGAGUGGAUCCCAUAUGUCAAGUGGUAUGGGAGUGCUCCAGCGGUGAACAUGCUGAGGGCAUUUGGGUGCAUGGUGGUGUUUCAUGUGCCCAAGGAGAAAAGGGGGAAGUUGGAGGCUUCUGGAAGAUGGGGUGUGCACUUGGGGAUUGCAAAGGAUCACAAAGCAUGGUUGCUAUGGGACUUGACCACCCAGAAUCUGACAGUGUCAAGGGAUGUGAAGUUUCUUGAGUCCCUGUACUACAAGGAAUGGAAGCAGCAGCAACAGAAGCUUCCAUCUACACCGCUCGUUGAGGUAGAUGAGGUGCAGCGGCCUUCAAGACAGGUGGAGGUUGCAGUGUCUGAGGAGGAGAUGUCUGGGGUGACUGAGGAAGGGGGAGCAGCUGAAGUGGAGCAGCAACAGCAGCAACAUGAGUCUCCACCUCGAGUUCCACACCCGCCUGAGCGUCCUAGGAGGGAUGUGCGCCCUCCUGUGAGGCUGACCUAUGGGGGAAGAGGCAAGCCGAAUGUGGUGCAGGCUGGGAGUGUGGUUGAGCAGAUUGAGGAAGAUGAGAUCGCUCACUGCUACUGGGCACCAAUCCCUGAGCCCAAGACUCGAGAGGAGGCCUUGAAUGGACCAAAUGGGGAGAAGUGGAAGGCGAGUGAGGAUGAGGAGUUCGGGUCCCUGAUUGAGAACGAGACAUGGGACCUGUGUGACUUGCCUCCUGGGAAGAAGGCAAUCACUUCCAAGAUGAUCUACAGGCACAAGUAUGGACCUGAAGGGGAGCUGACCCGCUACAAGUCAAGGCUUGUGGCACGGGGGUUUCAGCAGACAAAGGGGAAGGACUAUGAUGAGGUGUUUGCUCCUGUGGGGAAAGGAACAACAUUGAGGGUGCUAUUGGCGAUGGCUGCACUCCUGGGAUGGAAGAUACGGCAGAUGGACAUUGUGACUGCCUUUCUGAAUGGGAUCAUUCUGGAGGAGGUGUACAUGAAGCAGCGAGAGGGGCUGGAUGAUGGGAGCGGCAGGGUCUGCAGGCUGAAGAAGGCCAUCUAUGGCCUUAAGCAGGCGCCUCGUGCAUGGUAUCACAAGUUGGAGGAGGCGCUGUUGGCUGGGGGUUUCAAGAAGAGUGAGUGUGACCCCAGCCUGUUCCUGCUGCAGGAGAAGGAUGAAAUCCUCAUGCUCUUGGUGUACGUGGAUGAUAUCCUUCUCUUUUCUGCAUCAACUGCUUUGCUGGACAGCGCAGAGCAGAUGCUAGAGAUGCAGUUCAAGUGUUCCAAGAUGGGUGAGGUGAAGUACUACUUGGGGAUGCAUGUGGAGAGAGAUGUGGAGAAGGGUGUGCUGAGGUUGCACCAGAGGAAGUACUGUGAGGGGCUGGCUGAGAAGUAUGGGCUGCAAGAUGGGGGAAAGCCAGCAACACCACUACCUUCGGGGUUCACUGUGGAGCCAUGUGCUGAUGAGGAGGUAGUGGGUGAGAGUGACAGGAAGCUGUUUCAUUCGAUGGUUGGGUCGCUGAAUUAUGCUGCAAAUCAUACACGGCCUGACAUUGCAUUUGCUACAUCACGGUUGGCUAGUGUGGUCUCACGCCCUAGUCAUGAGCAGCUGGAAGCGGCCAAGAGGUUGGUCCGCUAUGUGAGUGCUACGGCAUCAGUGGGAUUGGAGUACAGUGGAGUGAGGCAGCGGUUGCAGAGAGGUGCUGCAGAUGUGAAGAGUGGAGAGAUGCUCUUGAGUUGCUAUACUGACGCAAGCUUCAACUCAGUGAAAGCGGAUGGCACCAGCAUUGGGGGUUAUGUGUGCUUGCUGGGAGGUGGUGCUGUGAGCUGGCGCAGCAAGAAGCAAAAUGAGGUGGGAUUGUCUUCAUGUGAGACUGAGUACAUGGCCUUACACCAUGGGGCCAAGGAAGUGGUAUGGCUGAGGCGUCUGUUGGAGGAGUUGGGAGUUGGUCAGGAGGAGCCGACAGUUGUGUUCUGUGACAAUGAGUCUGCAGUGAAGCUGGCCAAGAAUGCUUGUCUGCAUGGUCUGACAAAACACAUAAGGCCUAAGUGGCACUGGGUGAGGAGACUCCUUGAUAAGGAGGUGCGGCUGGAGAUAGUGAAGACCCAUCAGCAGGCAGCAGAUAUUUUCACCAAGCGUCUGGCGGAGGCGGAUCAUUGGAAGGGCAUGAAGCUUGCUGGGAUGAGUGUGCAUUGAGUAUGCAUGCUUGAGAUGUGGUAUGGUGGAUGAUGGUUGGCAGCCAGAGGGGGAGAUUGUUGUGUGAUGUCAUCAUAUGCUAUCACAUUCUGUCUGCCUCCCAUCCCAUGUUUUCAACUUGCAUGUGUGGUUUGAACGUGUGCAAGAAUUUGUGUGUGAUGUGUUCUGGAGUUUGGGAAUGUGUUUUGUGUUAUUUUGUUUGAGCAGGUUUUUUGUGAUGAUAGAUCUUGAGAAGAUCUUUCCGACGCAACGAGAAUCCCUUCAAUCGGAGCAAGAACGCGAAAGCUAUGAAGAUUCAAAGUUCAUGAGCUUGCGUUACAAUUGCGGCGGUUACAAAGUGAAGUUGUGGGGUGACUUUAUAUGGAGUUGGGACCUUUGGGGGUUGGGGAAAUUUGUCACUCUACUGUAACAGCUGCAAAUUGGUUGGGAACAACCAAGCUAGGUUGGCAAGGGUGGCCAACUUGGAUGGAUUGGUUGGGGAGGGACAAAUGUCAAAGUUGGGGUUCCUAUAGGGAGGGAAUCUUUGUGCUUAUGGGGUUUCCUUGGUUGGGGACUCUCUUGGGACCUUCCUUCUCAUCCCUCUCUUCUAUCCCAACCUUUCUCUUGCUCCUCUAAUUCCUUGUGAGAUUCUUGAACUUUGAUUGAACCUUUUGAGAUUGAGUUAAGUUCUCCUCCUACAGCUUACCCCCUAGUGCGUCGAAAGCCAUAGCGUCGCGAAUACUUCAUCAAUCAACAUGAUUCAAAUUGGGAACGGUAGCUGAGAUUAAGAGCUACAACAUAUCCAAGUUUCGCGACAUUCCAACGGCUAGUUUGUCGUCGACGUCGUUUCUUGUGAAGACGACUUUUCUGUCCAGAAUUUCGGAUUUAUAUUUUGAGUAAUUCUAGCUCCUAAGUUCACCUAGACUCCGUCCUUAAUCCUAACAGU